AUGGCCAGCACAACGCAUACCACGUGGACCAACCAGACUGUAGACCUCCUGAAGACCAAUUUGCACAUAGAUUGCAAGCCAGUCUUGAAGCAGCUCAUUCCUGACACUCUCGAAAAGGGUAUUCGCUUGGUCUCACUCCAGACCAAGCCCACUGAAGGUUCCAGGCAUUUGCGCUUGGAUGCUUGGUACUACAUAAGGCGAGUGAGUGUGGAGGAUGUCCUCCGAGCUCUUCGCGACACCGGCUUUUGGACACAGUGGUUGCAGAAGGAAGUGGAGCGGGUGAUGGAAACGCAGAAGGUCUACCACGUCGUAGUCCGUGGGAACGAUCCAAAGUUCAUGCCUCUAGGCAUUCGCGAUGGGCAAGAUGUUGUUACGGACUAUAUUGUUGAGGGGUUUGAGGCGAUUCUGGAAGAAGUGGACAAAUAUCUGUUCGAAGAGCUAUCUGACCCUGCCAGCGUUCGGCUUGCAAUGGCAGAUCACUCCUUCGAUCAGAUGCUACGGGCGUACUACCUGAACGGGAAGCAGGACAAAGAUGCGACCCUGCAUCUUGUGGGUCGGCUCCGGGGCGGCUCAAACCUCCUCCACACUUGCAUCAAAGAGGGGCUGCUUCUCGACGAGUUCACCAUAGAAUCUCAGAGUCUUGCUCCCUGGAGAGCCUUGGCAGAGCCUUUGCGCCCUGUCGGGCAGUUCAAGGUUUCUGCCUUCCACCGUGCCGUCUUCGAUGGCCGCCCCGAAUGCCUUCAAGAGUUGGUGCUGUGGGCACUACGACAUGGGCAUGAUAUCAAGGAGCUGCGAAACGUGGAGGAGCGUAAUGAUUAUGCUGCGCCCACCAAGGGGUUGACCUGUUUGGAACUGGCUGAACAGUCCAAGAACAUGCUUUGCUACAACAUCUUAGCGCCACUUUUUGGAGUUUUGGCCAAAGAAGGCGCAACUGAUGUAAAUCCACGCGAGGUCCGCGUGGAGCAGAGGGCCUUGCCUCGGGUUGAAGCCGAGUCACAAGGAACACCUCUCUUUGUUUGCUUGGCUGAUGAGAAGCACGAUUGGGCGUGGGUGAUCGAAGUCAUCAAGUCUUUCAAAAAGGAGAAGAUGCAAUCCUUUGAUUCCAGCCAAAUUGUGAUAAGAUUGGAGAACUUGAUCCUCGAGGAGGAUGCCACGGAAGUCCAGGCCGAGGAGCUCCUGGCAGAAACUGCUGACAUGCACCUUGAGGCCAAUGCAUGCACAUGGAAGACGGAUAGAACCAACCUCAACUUCUUCAAGGUCGUGGUGGAUCGUCUAUCCACGCCCUCCACCGAUCAUCUUCCAGCCCUCUUGCCGCGGAAGGUGCAAAUUCCUUCCGUGGCCGCGGAGGAUUUGUCAGCGACGGAGGAGGAAGAUGUCGAUUUGGAGGUGGGACAACUAUUCCUACAAUAUGUGGCAAUUUGCGGCCGGUGGCUGGGCUUCGUGGGUGCCCACGUCAUCACUUCCAAGAGGAUGUCAGCGGCAUCCGAUGGUGCAGUUCAUGGAACGCCACAAGGCACACCUGGAUCAGCACAGUCAGCUCCGGCGGCGCCCGCAAGACGCAUGGGUGGCAAAGGUAAGGGUUGGACACCUUCGAUGCCACCUCCGCAGAUGCCUGUUCCUCCAGCAUACACCCAACCUUACCCGGCCAUGUCACAGCUGCGAUGGGAACAGGAUGUCUAUGGGCACUGGUGGUACAGCGAUGGGCAACAUUGGUGGUAUGGCCAUGGAGGUUCACAUCGCUUCACUGCACCACCAGCUGGAACCAUCCCCACGGCAACGUCGAGCAUUGGAGCUUCUUGGCAGUAUGUCAACCCUGAGACUACGAGGCAUCCCUCAGGGUCAAAGCCACCACGAGAACCUGCACAUCCCAAGAAGCCAUCCAAGCCGGAGUCACAGAAGAAGUCUCCGAAUAAGAAGAAGCCUCCGGCAAAAGAGAAGAAGAAAGCACCUCCUCCUCCACCAGAGGAGGAUGAAGAUGAUGAUGACGACGAUGAUGGUAGUGAAGGUGGAAGCAGUUCAUCCUAUGAGGAAGUGGAGUAUGAGGAGAGUGAAGAAGAGGAUGGGGAGUUCACAGAUGAUCCAAGUGUGGCUGCGACCCCAAGAGGAACUCCAAGAGCUGCACAGACGCCGAAGGCCGCUGCCAAGGCGAAGCAAGCAGCAAAACCAGCUGCAAAGCCAAAACCGGCAGCGCCGGCAAAGGCAAAAGCUGGGAAGUCUCGCCCAGCAGAUCCUCCGAAGGAUCCACAACCGCCGAAGGCCUUCCAUCGGGCGGCCAAGGUUGUGAAGAAGAAGCCCAAGGUCGAGAAGGACCAAGAUCCGCCUUCUGCACCGCCCUCAGGUCCACCAUCCCAUGGUGGUUCGGCAGCGCCGUCGGAGAUUAGUACCGUGCGUACUGAAUCCAUCAAGGAACUGCUGAAGGGCAGGGGUCCUUACAAGCCAACCCGCCAUACACACUGGGCGGAUGCAGAGGACGACUGGGAGUACGAUGAUGAGGAGGACUCCUUCGGAGACCCAGACAAUGAGGAUCUGAAGCCCUCAUGGCAGAAGAAGACAUGUAAAGAUGCAGUUCACCAGAAGCGCGACAAUGAGGCCCAUUUCAAUACGGGCACUCACAAGGGGCAGAGGCCGCAGCCUCUGCCAGACCGGCGGCGACCGGCAGAACCCUCGUAUCCACCUCCGGAGAGGGAGCGAACGGGUACCAAGCGCCGCAGCGACAGGGGUUACUAUGAUGACUACGAUGAUGAGGCCAAACCUCAGCCCGCGGCAGAGCAACAGACCAAACCACCGCCAGCGGCAGAGAGAGAGGCAGCAGAACCGGCACCGCUGCCGAUCCGAGACCCAGAGAAGUUUCGAGAGAGGCUCCAGCUCCCUCAGAAGAAGCUUCCAAUGCCACAGAGGCAACAAGGGAAGCAGCAGCAGAUACAACAACCGCAACUGCUGCAUACAAGGCAGGUCAAUUGGACCAUGAUGCAUGGAUGGGAGCGAAUCCGACGGUACCAGUCCGAUGAUGAGGAGGUGGAUAGCAGCUCAAGUGCAGCCUCAGAAAGUGAAGAAGAGGACCUGGCCUACCACCUCAAGCUGUCGGAGAGUUCGCAAGCCUCCCAAUCCAAGCAAGCAAAGGAGAAGAUUAAAGUGAAGCUUCUCACGGUGCUACGCUCACUGCUGGAGGAUGAGAAAGAUGAAGAGACCAUCCAGCGGCUCCGGAAGAAGGAGAAGCGCCUUGCAGAGCGUGCCACAGCCAGGGCUACCGGUGCAACAUCGAGCACAGAAGCUCGCCCAAAGGCCAAGCCCAAGCACAAGAAGCCAGAGCGCUUGGAGGAGGAUGUUGGCCUGAGCACCGAAGACCUGGUGAAGGUGCUCCCCAAGACGUCCAAAGAGGAGAAGAAGAUCCUCUAUAAGCAGCUGAAGAAGGACCAGGAACGCGAGAUCCUCGAGAUCUUUGGCCGCUCGGCAACCCCGGAGCGGUCCAUGUUGAAGCGCCCUGAGCAGCGCAAGGGCGGCUAUGGCUACUCCACGCCUGAUCGACGUGGCAAGGAUCAGGUUCAAGAGCCACCAGAGAAGCAGGAGAACCUGCCAACUCCAGUCAAGAAGAAGAGAUUGGAGGAGUUCCGCAAGUCCUUGUAUGAAGCUGCGCUCGACAAGCGAGGACGCUUGAUCCCAACGGCUGACCAGGAGGCGUGCCGCCACAAGUUCGAUCGCCUGGUUGGCAUUCAUGGCACUUGGAGGCCUACAGUGAUGUCUCCUUCCAGGCACCCGAUCUUGGGUUUGCUCAAUAUGGGAUCACACCCGAAUCCCAAACAGUGGCGCAUCAAGCCUUUGGAAGAACUCAGGCAGCGCCUGUUGAGCGAUCCACACUCCUUCGCAUUGGUUCAAGAUGCCCUGGACAGCAUCUCUGACUCUGGAAGUGAGGUGCCACAGGAGGUCCUAAAGGUCGCUGUACAUGGACCUGAAACCCAGCAGCAGCUGGCUAUGUGGCAGGAGACGAUGGAGGAUGAAGCAGUCGAGACAUUGGAUGCCAUCAACGCCCCAAAGGUCUUCAAGCCACAACUGGAUCCCAUGAGCUCAGAUGAGGGCUCUAUCAGCGAGGGCGAAUCUGAGACCUCGCAUGAUCCCGACUACCAGGACGAGGACUCCACAACCAGCAACGAGACAGAGGCUGAAGAGGAGUUCCACGAGAUCUUGACAUCUGGCUGCGCCGGUGAGACAGAGAUCCUGAGCAAAGGCCAGCGCCGCAGGAUCCUGGCUGCUGCCAAAGGCAUCAGCGAGGCUGCAAUGGCAGAAGCUGAGCGACGCUCCUGCCCGGAAAAAGUGCCUCGCAUUCGUCGCCUUCGCACAGGUUACAAGAUCCUAGAGAUCUUUACCUGGAGUUGCCUCCUGUCAAGGUUUGCUUAUGGUUUGGGUUGGGAGUAUUUGGAACCCCUGACACUUCCAGGUGGCUACCCCCUGCCGCUGUGCCGCGCCAUCAUGCGAGCCGCGCACACCUUCUUGGACAAGCAGGCCAAUGACACCCGCACAGAGGUCUAUAUGUUGGAUGACCAGGUGCCAGAAGAGGCAAUCCAAGAAGGAGAGGAAGGCAUCGAUGAGGAAGAACAACGUAUUCAAUCCUACAAGGAUGAGAGCGAGGAUGAUCUUGAAGAGGAGGAGAGGCGACCCAUCUCUCAAGAGGUGAAGAGGGCUGUUGAAUUUGCCCAUCGGCAGUUGGGCCAUCCCAGCAGGGAUACACUUGUUCGCAUGCUGCGAAUUUCAGGAGCUAAUGAUGAUGCAAUCCGGCACGCUCGCCGAUGGCGUUGCGAUGUCUGCAGGAUGCAACAGCCACCAAAGCAUCCACUCGCCACAACCGCCACUUCAAGACCAUUUGCUUUCAACCGAGUUUUGCACAUUGACAUCAAGUAUCUCUUCGACACCCAGGGUCGGAAGUAUCCUUGUUUGAGUAUUGUUGACCUUGGAACUGUGUACCAUGCAGGCUGCAUGCUGAAGACCAGAAGGUCAGACUACGUCGCCCGCAAAUUCUUGGUUCACUGGGUACAACUGUUUGGAGCCCCAGGGCACAUUUAUCAUGACCAAGGCGGCGAGUUCGAACUGUCUUUUACACAGCUUUUGGAGCAAAUGGCUGCGCCCAGCACACUCACCGGAUCGCACGCCGGUUGGCAGUUGGCCGUCGGAGAACGGCAUGGGGGAAUCUUGGGAACCAUGGUUGGAGCAAUCACAACCGAGCACGUCACAGAAGGUUUCCAUGGUAUGAAGUUGGCAUUGAGCUCAGCGCUGGCAGCCAAGAACAUGACCAUUACCCGUGAUGGUUUCAGCCCCAACCAGAGGUUGGCGCUGAUCCGGAUGGAUGUCCAGGAAAAGAUGAAACGGGCCAUUUUGAGGAAGCCCGGUGUGGACACAGAAGGACGCGCCUUGCUCCUUGCAACGCCAAACAUGCGUUUGGCUACAAAGGAAGAACUGGCCAUGAAUGAGUCCGCAAAAGAAGAUGCAGAAACCAUUGGCCAGAUGCUUCGCGAUCCAGAGCGUGAUAACGCCUAUCACGACCAAACCCAUUUCAGAGGAGCUCCCAAGCGGAAGCACAUCAGAGAUGACCCUGAGCGUAAACGUGCCCGAUUGAUGAUGCGAGGCACCAAGUCAAUCCGGGAGUUGCUCAAGAGCCGGUUUGGCUUCAAAGAACAGCUCAGGAAGCGCAAGGUGCAGCCCCAGCCGCCAGAGAAAGGAGAUCCGGUAGCACCGAGGAAGAAAGUUAAGAAGGCCCUACCUCCACCGCCUGCGGCGGAGUCUCAAGACUCAAUGGAGGAGUAUACACCUUCUCAAGCACCAGAGCCAGAGGCUCCACAGGAAGGCCAGCGGCCUAUGCUUCCUGCUCCAAGUUCAGCUCCAGCGGAGCCACCUACAGAAGCCCCGCGAGCUGAAGAUGUUCCGGUGCCACCCAUGGAUGAGAAUGAGUGGUUGGAAGAAUACAGACAUCUCCCUCAGGAAGAACGCCGUCGCAUUCUUCAAGACGAUGUCCCACAUGGGAUCAAAAGGAAAGGUGGCAUUACUGAAGAGGAUGCUGACCGAGCAGUGAAGCGCCUCAGAAGCAACUUCUGCGCAGCGACUGCAGCCAGCACUGUGUAUGGAACCCUACAGAAUGAGUGGGUUUCUCGUUAUGAAGUAGAACUGCUAAGACAGCUGACAGGGUUGCCAGUUACAGCAGCCCGCAUUCACAGAGCACCACGGAAGAGGCUGCAACGACCCCCGAAGAUGGUGUCGCGCUCCCGCUUGAGUAUCCUCAUUGGAAAGGAUCCAGCAAGCACUUUCAUUGUCAACGAGAAGGAUGCAGAGGUUGCAGCCCAUCCCCGUCGGCGAGCCAGCUUCGAGUGGCGGGGUCUUACGAUGUUCUAUCGCACUGAAGACCCAAGCAAGCCUACGGAGGUAUUUGUCGAACUGCCAGACGGCAUUCAUGGGGUGACGCUCAUCACCAGUGAGGCAGCAGAGUUCCAGCAGAUGCGCUUAUCGGCAUUCCUUCGGCAUACGCAAGAUGUGGAUGGGGAUGGGCUGGGGCAAUGGCUUCGUCACAGGCAGCUGAUGCCGCUGGCACGAGUGGUGUUUGAAAGGUUCUUCAACAGAGAGAAGUUGCUCCUCGAUCAGCCAAUGGAUGUUGCCCAGAACAUUGACCCCUCUGUGGUGCCCUUUCUGAAGAUGACCUUGACCGCAUGGUUCCACACUGCUGCUUCUUCUCCUGAAGAUACUCACGAUGCUUGGGGCGCAUGGGCUGAAACUAUCCAGGUUGAUGAUGACGUGUUGAAAAAGGAGCUGGCGCCAGCCUUGGAUUUGGUGCUUGAGUCCUUGCUGCGGAUGUGGAAGGCUUUGGAUCCUGUGUGCAAGCGCUCCGGAGUCCACUCCAUGGUACACCUGGUGAAGAGUUGCAUCCCACCAGGCCUUCUGAACAGAUUGCCGAACACAAGACGCCGCCUGGAGAGACCGUGCCAAGCAAAGACCAAGGUCAGUUUAACUGGGAAGACCACAACUCUCAAACCCUCUUUCAAGCCUGUCACACCGGUGAAAGCACCGCUGAAAGCUGCGGUGUGGUAG